AUGGUCGACAUUAGUGCCAGAGCUGGUACUAAAUUUAAACUAUUGUCGGAAAGAGCUACAUAUUUUUCGGUUAAAAUCUACGUUUAUCUUCGGACAUGUAUCGAGAUCACGAAUUGCCGCUCAUUUUUACAAGUAAAUGAUGCUGCGACAGGAGCAACCAACCGUAUGCCACGGUCUUUAGUUAUAAACUUUGUUGAGACGGACAAAGAUAGCUUUGAGCUAGGGUUAGCUGCAGACUUAGCAAUAUCAAUGGCAGCAUGA